UCAUUCCGAAGUUUAUUUUCUCUGGCAAAGACUAUUUGAAGCCAAAUGGGAAGUUUUGCAUGUAUUUUACAUAGAUGCACAGAGUCCAAUGAGCUAAACAUCCCUCCCAUUACAACUCACGAUGCAGAGAAAGAAUUUGAUUAACAAAGUAGUUUGAAUGCUGCAUAACCUCAAAAAUAGGUGUGUAUCUCAAUCUCCUUUGUGUAAACCAGAAAUUUACAAAAGGGAAAAGAAAAAAAAACACCCUCCUCUUAAGUGGAACAAGGCAUUCAAACGCAAGCUAUUUUCUGGAGGACUCCUGACAAUCCUUUCACUUCACUUCUAAGCUACUUAACUUCACCUUAGCACGAUGGAUGAGCUGGAUGAGACUCAGUUGAAGAAUCAUGUGGACAGUCUGAAGCAGCAGCUACAGUUUAACAGAGAGAAAACAUCCGUCUCGAUUCCCGAGUUAAUUAAAUGGAUCGAGGAGAAAAUGAACGAGGAUCCAUUUCUGAAUCCAGAUGUACUGAAGGAAAACCCGUGGGUGGAGUCAAGUAAAUGUGUAAUAAUAUAGUGCAAGAGCUGUAACUCAUCACUAUGGCAGCAGGAGUGACUCCACCC